GUUGAAACCAACACACUGCUCAGAUAAUGCCGCCGGUGAGCUUCCGGGCGCCACUCCGCCGACCAGCGAACAAUCCAAGUCAAAGUGAGCCAUGGUGGUUUGUGGUGUUGCCGACAGAAUCAAGUGCGUCGCUUCCGCGGAGAGGACGAACCACCGUAACAGGCACCAUCAACGGGCGGGCCCCGUUCCAAGCGACCCUGGAGCCCGACGGCCAGCUGAGCCACUGGCUGAAGCUGAACGACGAGCUGCGCCGGGCAGCUGGUGCAGAGGAAGGCGACACGGUGGCUGUCGAGCUUCGUCCGGUUGAGACUGAGCCAGAACCUCAGAUUCCCGACGACCUCGCAGCGGCACUCGCGGCAGCCCCACAAGCAGCCCGCGAUGCCUGGAACCAGACAACAACGAUUGCGCGUGUCGACUGGAUUCACUGGAUGACGUCCGCGAAGCAGCCCCGGACGCGAACAAAGCGCGUUGCCGAUGCGUGCGACAAGCUUGCCAGCGGCAAGAAGCGGGUGUGCUGCUUUGAUCCGUCGGGCCAUUACAGCAAGGCAUUCUGUGCGCCCGAGGCAGCCGACGAGUGAAGGGGCGAGCGAGGGAGGGAUGAUUUUGUUCGUGGACAGGCAAUGAUCGGAGAUGCAGAGAUUCUCCACAAGCUAAGCAAAUCAAAGUCUGAGAACAACAACAGCAACAACAUGUGUGUAAAAGUUGUUUGUAAAUAAACAUGUAUUUAACUGGUGCUA